GCGUCUGUGGUUAUUUCCUUCUAUCACAUCAUCGAAACGAAACCGAAAAUGUUAACCUCACUUUCAUGAAAAAUUACACAAUCACCACUUCCGCCUUGGACACCUGCUUUUACAAUUUUGUAUAAUUGUGAGCUUCAUAGAUCAGGUUCCAGAAUACCAAGGGCCGUUCGAAACGGUAAAAGAAACUCAGCAGAUACAAGAUUCCUAUUGCCGAUACUGAGCUAAAUUCUUCGACGCAUGAUGCCUUUAAAUCACGAUUCGAGGAGAGAUUCCUUCCGUAACAAAGCAAAGAUGAUUCUCAACAUGAUAGAUCACUUCAGUGGACGUUCUUCGGCUUGUUACGCGGUAGUUGCGACGCUAAAAAUUGUCGUCUUAUUGUUCGUGAUUAUUGUUGCAGUCGAGUGCGUAUUUUAUUUCCGAUAUUGCUUCUGGUUUUUGUGUGGACUAUCGAUUUCCCUUGCUCGUUUCACUUUUAAAAUAACACUAAAAAGCGCAAUGUUCGUCUUCUACUACGGCUUGAAAAUCUUUAUGGGAUCGAUGAAAGUUGUCAUAUAUUGCCUUAAGUCCAUUACGCUAUUCGCUUUAUAUAGCGUGUUUACUGUUUUGCGUUUCCUAAUUGCCUACCCUUCAGACUGGGCCUUAAAUUUGAGGAUUGAUUUGAGAAGUUUUUUGCAACUGUGUUGUUUGUGUAGCUUUAUGAAAAUGGUCUUCCACUGGAACAAACAUGGCGCAAGAAAUUUUUGUGACAGGGUUUCUAGCGCCGUUAAAAAGGCCAGAGAGCACUUCGAUUCUACGUUUACCGUCUGCAGUUACCACCUAAGAAUCAUUCAAGACAAACUGGAUCGUUUGAGCAGACAUUCGUCCACUGGUUACGUGGCAGCUGUGUUCAUAAAGAUUUGUGUCAUGUUUGUGGUGGCGGCCAUUGUUUACAAGUGCGUCUGGGUGACGAUUGGAAAUUUAUUCAUUAUAUGCACCUUCCUCUUCUGUUCAGCUGUGAUGUUCAUCUUUGAAGACAUAAGGCAAAUCCUGAAGAAUCCAGUUGCUUUGUUCCAGAAUAAACCGAUUUCCUUCAGCAACAUUUUUAAGGGAUUGAGCGACGCUGGUGGUGACUUUCCUUACUUUUGGCAGUUCAAAGAAGAAGAUUCCUAUUUGUGGAAGAACUUUGGCCCUUCUGACGAUAUGGCUUUGGAAAAGCUCUAUUGUGACGUGAAUAAUCUGCAAGUUACAUUGAACCUUACCGAUACUGCGUUGAGUGCUUCAUCAUCACAGGUGACAGUUCAUUUCGAGGAGAUGUCCAUGCGCUCGCCCUCCUCUGCCCAGUUCUUGCUCCGUCGAUGCUCAACACCAUCUUAUCUACAGGAGCCAAACAACAAGUCAUCCACACAAUGGGUUUGGUAUUGGGAAGACAACGAUGGUUGGAAGAAAUACUCUGAAACGAUGCAGUCGUCUGGGACAAAGCAAGAACAGAUAGAGGCUGCCUAUUUAAAAGGAGAAAGCUUCUAUCCCUUUCGAAGUGGUUCUCACAAUUACAUUCUAACAUUCUACGAAAUGCCUAUGCACCAAAUAAAUAUCGACCCAAAGCUCCAGACCAGGCGGUUCGUAAGAAGAAGACCUGUGUUUGUUUCAAAACCAGCUUAUCGCGCCACAAAGAGUUAUCUGAGAGGCAAGGCUAAAGAUUUUGAACGGACUCGUUUAAAAGAGAACUGCGAAAAAUACCGAACUGCGAGUCAACGUUUUCACGAAACAUUACAAGAAGACCAGGCCUACAUUGUGAUGGUGGAAGAAAUUUGGAACGAAGAGUUACAUGAGAGAUACGAAAGUAAGCGGAAAAGAAUCAAAAGGAAACUGAAAGCAAAAAGGGACGAUCAGAUAGAAAAAUUGCUAUUCCAUGGUACUUCAUCAGAUGUCGUUGAUGCCAUCUGCAAGCAGAACUUUGAUCACAGAUUGCGAGGAAAGAAUGGGACAUGGUAUGGAGAGGGGAGCUAUUUUGCUGUAGACGCUUCCUACAGUAAUCGCUACAGCGAUCCAGGUGGAGAUAAGACGAGAUUCAUGUUCUUAGUAAGAGUUUUGACGGGGGAAUCUAAGCUUGGAAUGGAAGGUUUUCGUCGACCACCUCUGAAAGAUCCAAGCGAUCCUGCCAGCGAUUUGUACGAUUCAUGCGUCGACGACGAAAAUCAACCAAAGAUCUUUGUUAUAUUUAAUGACGAACAAUGCUAUCCUUCUUAUCUAAUUCAGUAUCAGCUGCUAUAGGUUUUGGUAACAAAGUCAAAACAUUAGAGCUUCAUUACUACACAUCUUAUUUAGAAGCAGUACAAGAGCUUCAUUAUUACACAUCUUAUUGAGAAGCACUAUAAGAGCUUUAUUACUACACAUCUUAUUUAGAAGCAUUACAAGAGCUUCAUUAUUACACAUCUUAUUGAGAGGCAUUAUAAAAGCUUC